CACGCCUCCCGUGCAACCGAGCUCGUGUGCCAAAUAAUCGCGACCUUGACUGACUCCAGGAUGACGUCGCAAGCCAACCCGCAGGAGCUCAUCGAGCAGCUGCGGCUUCUCGCCGCCGAUCCUAGCUCCUACUUCCAGGAUGAGGCGCAAAAGCAUGACUUCCAGAAGCUGGCCCGGCAGGCUGAGACCGCGGUAGAGGAGCCGUUUGAGACCAUGCAGCGGUUGGUGUAUGGCCCUCUUCCGCUUGUGACCGCGCGCAUUGGUCAGGAUCGCGGUAUCUUCGCUGCUCUUUCUAGCAAGCCUGAGGGAGCUCAGCUUGAUGGCCUUACUGAAACCACCGGACUGCCAAAAGGCGUUCUCGAGUCUGUACUGGACUACCUGUGCACACAAGGCAUGGCCACAGAGUCGAGCCCGAGAACCUUCAAAGCUACGCCGCUGACUCACAUGCUCCUUGUGCCACUCUUCAACGAUGCUGUUACUCACUUUCAUGACAACUGCGCACCAGCGUUCAUCGCCUUGAAUGAAAUGCUCAGUAACCCUCAAGCAGGAAAGACCGCUUUCAAAAUAGGACAGCACAGUGAGGAAGACUUCUAUACAUGGAUGGAGACCCACCCCGCUCAACAAGGUGCGUUCCAUCGAUUCAUGGCAGCUCAGUUUGCGAUGCUCCCGACGUGGCUCGAUGCGGUCUCUUUUGACACAGAGAUCGCCCAAGACGUCGGUGUGGAAGACGUUGUAUUCGUUGAUGUCGGCGGCGGUAACGGGUCGCAAUGCGCAGCUCUUAGGAAAGCCUUCCCAGAGCUGAAGGGCCGGGUCAUUCUACAAGACCGGUCUGUGGUUCUCGAGAAGGCACUGAAGGUCGAUGGCAUGGAGCUGAUGGCGCACGACUUCCUCACAGAGCAACCAGUCCACAACGCGCGGGCAUACUACUUCCGCCAGAUCUUACACAACUUCGACGACGACACAUGCAUUCAGAUCCUCCAAAUGCACCUCCCCGCUCUUCUGAACAAUCCUAAUAGCCGGAUCUACAUCGACGAUAAGACUCUGCCAGACGAGAAGCCUGAUGCAAGCGCCCCAGGUGUCGAGUACACAGCCGCGCUGUCUUUGGCGAUGAAGGCCAUGUUCGAUGCGCAGGAGAGGAGAGAGAAGCAUUGGCGUUGGUUGUUAGAUCAAGCGGGUAUGGAAAUUGUAGAGAUCAGGAAGUUCACCAAGUUCGAUGAUAGUGUGAUCAUUGCGAAGCGAAGGUACCAGGACCAGUGGCGUUGAGGCAGACCUGGUGGACGCCCCGAUUUCGGAAGGGAUGGGGUAUCUCGGCUCUCAAGUCGCAGAGGAUGCCGGCUGUAACAGCGAUAUACUUGUAGCCUCCACAGCUUAUGACCAACCCUAUUCUUUUGAGACAUGCAUUGCC